AUGUCAACAGAUACAAUCGAUGCUGGUGCUCUUCCUGUCAGCUACAUCUUUACUGAUUUUUUUGGCCACAGAGUCGAAGCUCUUCCCACCCUCAGUGGGCAACUUGUAAGUGAAUUUGUCGUGGUCACAGUCUCUCCUGGCGCUUCAGUGCCUCCCGAGCUCUGCCGGGCUCCGCGGUCCGAGUCCGGGGAGCAGGGGCUCCAAGCGCGGGUGAGGCCGGAGGGCGGUGGACACUCGGCUUCUCAGCAACCCUUCCGCUCGCGCCGGUCUGGGCCGUUAAGGAUGUUGAUUCGUUACCAAACCGCCUGGAAAGCCGGUUACUAUUCAAACAUCAUCAGAGAUCAUCCAGGUUUCGCAGGAGGAAUGGUUCUUACUUUGAUUCUCUUGGGUGCAAAUGACAGAAACUCAUCUCAAACUAACUGGCUGAAAGAUUUGAACUUGAACUUCCUGGAGAAGCUCCACGGGGAGAGACUGGGGUCUCACCUCCUUGCAGAAGCCUGGGGUUUGGCACCUGUGAGGCCACCCCUGUGGGCGGAGUUCCCUUUGGACAGACCCGGGGCUCCACUCCAGCUGCUGACCUUGCAGGGGAAAGGCACCCCUCUGGCUGCUCCUUGAAGUUCUGUCCAUCAAAAGGCAGGAAUCCAUCACACUGUGGCCAGGAUGACUUCUUGUGGUUUUCACUACGAGAGUUCCAGGGCAGCAUGAGGGGGACCACCCCAGAAGUUGUCCAGCUUGUAGUAAAAGGUGAAUUUGUUGCUGAAGAAGUUGAAGUCUGAUGUUCGUGUUCACAUCCAAGAGCAGAUUUUCUGCUUGUAAAGCUCUGUGGACAGCACCCGCCUGGUGACCACACAGCACACACUAUUGUGGACUCUGCCUUCAGCCUCUGUGCUUUCCCACUGCCCUCAGCCACGGCUGCUCACACGCCUCUCCUCCACUAGCAUCCUCCGAACAAGGUGGGGAGUUUCCUCAGCCUUGGUCACUUUAGAGAUUUCACUUUGUUGGGAUGAUCCAAGCCUUCAUGAUUCCUGCUUUGUGGGACUGUCUCCGGAGGCUGGAAGAGUUCUGUCCAGUCUCAUCAACAAUCUUCACGGCUGUCGCUUUCCCAGCCGGGAUGUGCUGGAUCCCAGCCUCCCUUGCCGACGGUCUCGGAGGUCUGCAGACCAUGUGAAUCUGAGUGUCUCCUCAGCAGAGAAGGCUCAGGGGCCCCUCAGCACCGCGGACUCACUGCUGUGCUUGGAGUCAAGGUGUCCUAAUGUCAGCUUACGUUUGGGAAGAGCUGAUGAGAAGCUUGGUCCAAAUCAAAUCGGUUCAAAAUUCACCCCAUGAACUGGUCUUUAUGGCAAAUCAAAACACGAUGCCAGAGAAGGAUAAAGUGGAACAAAAGCAAAUAGCAAGAAACUAGCUUUAAAAAAGAAAAACUGUGGGAAAGGAAACAAUGAUAAAAGUGAAAAUUAAAUCUAAAGAAGUGAAAAAAUAAUAUAGGGGGAAAAAAUAAAACCCCCAAACCAAAAUAGACCAAAAUGCCAAGGAGGAAACAAGCUGACUUUGGUCAAAGUCCCUGAGGUCACUGAAAAGCAGCUUAUUGAGCCAGAAGGACUGAUAAACUGGUCCUAACCAGGUGCUUAUUUGAAAUUCUUAGAAUUCCGAAACAAUAGCUCCUUAUGAGGGCAUAGGAAGAAAUAGACCUAUCAGUAGGUUUGCGGAAAAUCCACAGUGAUUUUCUCAUUUUUUUGAUCUCAGGUUGAGACUAUUACUCUCUUUUUUAAAGUGAGGCCCCCAACAUGCUUUUUGUAUGCUGUUUGCAUCUUGUUAGAAAUGAAAACCUGUAGGAUGUUUCAGUGCCUCUAGUUUGAAAAGUUGUAAUUUUGGUUUUAAAAUUGGUUUUAAAAAGAGCUCAUGAUGCCUACACUUAAAAUAUUCAAUUUCUUUUUCUUUAAACUCAAAAUGAUGGCUCUCAAAACAAUGCCAUAACCUAACUAGCAUCAUGAUUGUGUUUGAAAUUGUUCUGUUGCAUAAUAUGAAAUGUGUGUGUGUGUGUGCUCAGUCGAGUCCGACUCUCUGAGUAAGGUACAUUAUUAACAUCUAUUAGGGGAGAGAGUUCUCAGACUUUAUUUACAGUCUUGCCCAGUUCUUAGAUUCCCCCCUCCCAUGAGCCAGAGAGCUCCCUGCGAUGGCUUCAGCAGCUUUAAACGUAGGGGUUGCAGCUGUGAGUUGAGAAAGCAUGUCUUCUUUUCUUAAGCCAAAAAUGCACAGUGCUUUGCGUCCCUCUCAUGCAGCAUGAAGCGGGUAGGGGUGGCUGGGUGUUUUCACCGGUAGUUCAGAGGAGGGAACUAAGGCAUUCCUGCAUGAUUUUUUUUUUUAAUGCUUAUUGACUAUAAUACAGAUACUGAAAAGUAUCUAAAUUAUACACAUCAUCAGUGGUGAUGAUCAGUGGUGGCUGCUUACAAACUGAACUCUUCUACUUAGCCAGCAUCCAGAUCAAGAAACAGGUUGUCAUCAGCUCCCCUCCCCUCACCUCCCACAAGCUCUUAUCCAGUCACUUUCUCCACAGUGGUAACCACUACUGUGUCUUCUAACAGCACAGAUUAAGUUUGCUUGUUUCUGAACUUACAUAACUGGAAUCACAUAGUGUUAGGCCCUUUGUGCCUGCUUCCUUUGCUUGCUGUUUUUAUGAGAUUCAUUUCUUUCAUUUGUUAUUCUGAAUACGGUAGAGUAGCCCAUUGUCACUGGGCAUUUGAAUAGUUUUCAGUUUGGGCUGUUAAGAAAGAGUGCUGCACUUUUCCAGUGUUCGAUGAAUAUUUACAUGGCUUUCUGUUGGAUAUAUACCUGGAAAUGGGGUGGAUUGCUUAAGAGUGCUGCAUGAUUUUUAGUUUUGGUAGACACCACGUGUGCCAGUUUACAUACCCACCAGCAGUGUAUGAGAAUUCUGUUUCCUCUCUAAUACCUAGCAUUGCCUGCCUCUUAUCUAUGGGUAUGUGAAAGCGUGGCAUUGUGGUUUUAAUUUGCAUUUCCCUAAUGCCUAAUAAAAUAGAACACCUUUUCCUCUGCUGAUUGGCCAUAACUUUCUCUGUAAAGUGCCAGCUAAAGUCUUUUGCCAGUUUUUCUAUGAAGUUGACUGCACUAUCCCUUAGUGUUUUGUGUGUAUGCUUACAUAAUUUGGAUGUGAAUUCCCUGUUGAAUAGGGUUCUGUAUGCAUUUCCUCUCCUCCUCAUCCAUCUCUGAACUCUGAUGCUACCUCCUACAAUUUUACUCAAUGAUCACCCCUUUCCAGCAGUUGGCUUUUUAUGCUUUGAACAUGCCAUAGCAGGCACUCUUCCACCUCAGGGCUCCCAUUUCCGCUUGGAAUGUUCUUUCCGAGAGAACCACAUAAAUCUCUUCCCUGUCUCCUUCAAGUCUUUGCUUCACUGUAACCUUAGUGAAGUCUUCCUUGAUUUGCUUUUUGGUCUUGCAAUACCUCUUAUACAUCCUAUCUGUUACCCCAUCCACUUAAAGAACAAGCAACCAACCAAAAAAAAAAAAGCAAAAAACUGUACUUUGUACUAACAAAGUGUUCAAAUACACACUGAAUUAGAACAUAUAAAGGUCUUUCUUUGUGUAUCUUAUCAUCCAACAUCAAUAAUUAGCAACAUUUUAUAAUUUUAUUUUAUCCAUAAAUACUUUAGCCUGCAUCUUUCAUAGAUAAGUAUCUUUAUUUUGGGAAAACAUAGUAACUGUGUCAUCAUCAAAUGUAACAAAACUAAUAAUAUAUAAUAGCAGUCCACAGUCAAACUUCACAAUUGUUACAGUUAAGUUUGAAUCAAAUGCACACAUACAAACUACAUGCAUUGCUUUAAAUUAUUCAAAAUAUUUAUUUUACACAUUUAGUGCUUAUUAUCUAUCUCCCCCAUUUGAAUAUCAACUCUAUAUGAGUGAGAUUUUUGUCUGUUCUUUGCUGCAUCUUCAACACCUAAAGCUGUUAUUGGCACAUAGUUGGGCUUGAAUAAAUGUUUGUUGAAUGAAUAAAUGAAAGAAUGAAGUUGGCAACAUGAAUCUAAGGACCCAAGGAGUUUGUCAGCAUAGUCAGAUCUGUUUGUUUUCCAGCUCUAAAACUUUAGGCAACUUUAGGCAACUUUCUGAGCUUCAAUUUUAUCAUCAGUAAAAAAGGACCAAACAUCAGCUUUGCAGGGUUGUUGUGAGAAUUUGACAAAAUAUGUGUACAGUGUUUGGCACCUAGCGCACACUCAGUAUAGCUAUUUUUAUUUUUUAUUGGAACUUCCUUUUAUUGUUUUUCAGUCUCUGUCUUGUCCAACUCUUUGUG